AUGCAACACCGAUGUUUUAAAGUUCUCACGUGUUUUGAUAAAUUCAAAGACAGUCUAAAAAGUAGAGAAUGUGGAGAAGCCAUUGCUCUGGCUUUUCAAGGAGCAGCUCAAUCACAGCAAUUUCAAUCGCAAUUCAUGAAUAUUCCACUUUCCGAUGGAGGAGAAGGUUUUUUAGAAUCGAUCAAGCAAAAUCAUCCCAAUGACUAUCAAUUGGAAUUCUUUCCUGUUCGGCAUCCGUUGCAUUCUCGAAGACAUGAGCUAGUUCCAGCCCCUUAUUACUAUAAAAAACAUAUUCAUGAUAAUGAAUUGAAUACCCAAGAACACAUCUAUGUAUUGGAAAUGGCUACUGUGUGUGGAUUGGAACAAUUACGAACGGAAGAAAGAAAUCCCUUUGAAACAACCACAUAUCCAUUAGGGCUCUUAAUCAAACACAUUUUAUUGAAACACAAUGAAAAUGAUAAUAUUCACAUUUUACUUGGAAUUGGUGGCUCGUGUACCAAUGAUGCAGGAAUUGGAUGUUUGAGUGCUCUUGGGUGUAUCAAAGAUUUUGUUUUUCUUGAUAAUUACAAUUCGAACGACAACAACAACACUGAUUUUCAAGAUAAUCUCGAAAAUUCGUUUGUUUUUUAUGGAAAACAUUUAGUUCAUCUCGCAGAUUUCACACUCGAUCGUAAUGCAUUACCUUAUCGCUACAGAGAUUUAACCAUUGAUAUUGCAUGUGAUGUCAAUAAUCCGUUGGUAGGCGAGAGAGGAGCAACAUUUACAUUUAGUAAGCAGAAAGGAGUCAAAUCUCCACAAGAUCGUGAAAUACUUGAGAAGGGAAUGAUUCGAUUUGCACAAUUAGUGAGAGACAAGACUGGGGUCGAGAUUGCGGACAUGCCUGGAGCUGGUGCAGCAGGUGGAAUAAGUGGUGGAUUUUAUUCAAUUCUUCACGGAAAAGUAGAAUUGAAAAAAGGAAUUGAAAUGAUUGGAAUGAGUUGUCAAUUAGAGAAACAUAUCACGGAUGCUGAUAUUGUGUUCACAGGUGAGGGAUGUUACGACGAUCAAUCGGAAGGAGGAAAAGUGGUUUCAUGGGUUUCCAAACUUUGUCAACAGUACAAUAAGGCAUGCAUUAUUUGUUGUGGUCAAAAGAAGAAGGAGACUGUGCCGAAUGAGAAUUGUUUAUUGCUGGAUUUGACAUCUCAAUUCCCGAUGGAAAAGUCCAUGAAAGAAACCUUCUCUUGUUUGGCCCAAUUAACGAAAGAAAAAUUGCCUUUAAUUUUCAAACAUGUGGACAGGGUGAAGGAACGAACUCAAACAAAUCAAUUCUAA